AGUCUUUUCACUUAAAAUCGUCAGACAGUGACAAGGAAACAAAUACAUUCAAGCGGGGGUAUGAAUUAUUUACAUCUGAUUGUACUGUGCGUCUUGUGUUCGGGUUAUGCUGGACAAUCGACCGCUGGCAUGGAAAACCCGUACCCUCUUCCUUUCACUCGAGAAUUACAGCUACAAGAACCUGAAAUGAAAGGUAAAGAUGUGACGAUACUUCAAGGUUUGCUUCUCAGAUCAUCACUAGUAUUACCAUUCCUCAAAAUAUCAGGAGUGUUUGACAAUGAAACACGUAAAGCUUUGYACGAUUAUCAGGAAAAGAACAACCUAAAAAGUACCGGACGAUUAGACGUGGAGUCUGCAGAAUUUAUACUGCAGCAUUUGAUGUAUGAUGGCUAUAAGGACGAAGGUAUUGCCGUCCCAGAAGGCUACAAAUUCAAACUAUACAUUCCUGUUAGAAGAAAUCGGAGUAUUGAAACAACAGCCUUACUUUAUAACAGAAAUAACAAGGUCGUCUAUUCGUUUCUCGUUCGUACUCAUGGACACAGUAACUUAAACCAAUUAACAACAAAUGGAAAUACUCCAACAGGGCUAGCAACUUGUGAUCUCAACAGCCCCGAACCAAGUGUGAAAUCUUUUGGGCCAUAUGAUGUACUUCGGCAAGUCAAGGGACUAAAGGGUAAUGUUGCAAUUGGACCCGAUGAUAAUCAAACAUUUAUACCAUACAUCCGAUAUGGGAUUCUUGUGCAUACCGGACAAUGGGAUAACUGGAAGUCCAAUCAACCUAUGCCAAACAGCAAUGGAUGCAUUCAUGCCCAUCCAAGCGACCAGGAAAAACUAGUUGAAAUUCUCACUAAGGAACUUGGAGUUGAAUCACGCGAUAAUCCCUUCUCUGAAAUCCCUUAUCCUUACACACCUCAGGGAUUGUUGUCGAUUGAACAAAUUGACUAGAAUUCGACGUGAGAUAUGUCUUUUCACUUAACCAUUUCCUAUCCAUUCGUUCACAUCAAAUUGUCGUGAAAAUGUAUAAAAAUUGUGACACCCAGUUACCAAUUCAAUACCAUGAACUUUCCAGUAAAAGAUUUUAUUGCCCCUAUUAAUCAUUUCAAUAAUUAUUUGAUGAUUUACAAAGUAAAUUAUAAAACAAAAUCAUUUUCAUUCAUAAUAUAUCCUCUUCUCUACUUCGCAUCUCGAUCAAAUACGUUAAUUUUGUUAAAUUUUGUAGYUAUAUGUGCCUAAGCAAUUAAAUUGUUUUACAGUAGCUACAAAACUUCUCAGCAGAUAUGCAUUCCUUUAUAAAUAGCUGUAUAGUAUUCCUAACUACAAAUUACCCCACACAUAUCAUGACGUGAAUACUGACGUCAUGUAUUAAAAAGAUGACGUCAAUUAAUGGUGAUAUCAAAUACUAUGAACAAUGACCACAUAUUUGGACUGUCGUCCGUUUUUAUCAUUUUAGAGGCGUUCAAAGCUGAAUUAUACGGUUCUUGAAUAAAUAUCUAAAGUGCUCUGA